AUGAGUGAAGACGACCAGCCCGAUAUCUACAAAACGCGGGUUCGAUAUGACAUCGAACGAGAAAAACGAUGGCGUCCUGACGGCCCAGUCCAAUACACCGAAUUUGAAAGCGACAAUCCAAAUCUCGCAGAGCACCAUCCAGACAUUCCAGCCAAUACCAACUGCUUGCAGAACUUGCGCGUGCUCAUCGUUGGUGCCGGAUUUGGAGGACUUCUUUUCGCCGUGAGGUUGAUUCAGUCCGGCUUCUGUCUUGCAACCGAUAUCAUCUUGGUGGACACAGCUGGUGGCUUUGGAGGAACAUGGUGGUGGAACCAAUAUCCCGGGUUGACCUGCGACGUUGAAAGCUACACAUACAUGCCACUUCUGGAAGAGACAAAGUACAUGCCAUCUCAGAAGUAUGUCUCCGGCACCGAAUUGCAAGAACACGCUCAGCGGAUUGCCAAAAAAUGGGAUUUGAGCAGCAGAGGGCUUUUCGGAAUGAAGGCAGAUGAAAUGAUCUGGUGUGAUCAAGAUGGUCAGUGGACGACCAAAGUCUCAGGAGCCGACGGAGUUUCCCAAACCAUCAAAUCCCAGUUUGUCAUUUUGGCUUCGGGACUUCUACACUCUCCAAAGAUCCCGAAGCUUCAUGGCAUUGAUCAAUACAACGGGAAGGUCUUCCACAACUCGCGCUGGGACUACGAUUACACCGGAGGUAGUCAAGUCGACCCGAAAAUGAACAGACUUCAGGACAAAACGAUUGGAUUUGUUGGAACCGGAGCAUCUGCCAUUCAAGCCAUACCCCAUCUUGCACGAUGGGCCAACAGACUAGUGAUUUUCCAACGUACACCAUCAGCGGUGGAUUCGCGCAACAAUCGUCCCACCGACCCAGGUUGGUGGGAAGAGUAUACAAACUCCGGCCAACCAGGAUGGCAACGGCGCCGAAUGGAGAACUUCAACGCAUUUCUGUCGAACGAUUCUCCUCCACAAAUCGAUCUGGUGGCUGAUCAAUGGACCAAAAUGCCCUCCUUCAGCGCAGUGAUCGGUGGGCCUCGCGCCCUUGAACCUGGGUAUUUGGCAGAGAUCAGCAAAAUCGACCUUGAUCGACAGGAUUUGCUCCGUCGCCGUAUUACAGACGUAGUGACGGAUGAGAAAACCGCCAUGAGCUUGCAACCCUGGUACGAAGGAUGGUGCAAGCGGCCAUGCUUCAGCGACGACUUUUUGCAGACCUUUAAUCGGUCGAAUGUCACCUUGGUGGACACGAAUGGAAAGGGGAUAAGCAAACUCACCGAGAAAGGUCUCCUUGUUGAACACGGCGAAUUCGAUUUGGACGCUAUCAUUUUUGGGACUGGGUACACUCUCGGAGGAUGUGCUGAUCGAGGCAGUGUUCCAUUGACGGGACGCAACGGCAUCACCUUUCAGCAGAAGUGUCAAAGUGGCUUCGCAACCUUACAUGGGGUGUGCACAAAUGGAUUUCCCAAUCUGUUCUUCCCAGGUCCCUACCAAGCCGGCGCCACAGCAAACCAGGUCUAUGUGCUUGAUCAGCUGGCUCUUCACGUGGCUCAUAUUUUAUCCAAGGCGAAGCUGAAAGUGACAGGAGAAACCGAAGGAUCCCUUGUCUCAUUCACUGUUGAGCCCAGCGUUGAAAUGGAAGAGGAGUGGACAUCUCAAAUUCUGUCAAGAGCAGGGGCACUCAGAGGUGCUCUCAACUGUACUCCAGGGUAUUGGAACCGGGAGGGUCUGAAGCUCAGUGAAGACGAGGCUUACUUGGCAGCGCGGUUCAGCAUUUGGGGAGAAGGCAUUGGAAGUUUUGUUAAGGAGAUCGAGCGAUGGCGAGACGAGGGACUGCAGGGGCUUGAGAUCCGGUCGCUCUGA